AUGGGCGCGACCGGAGGCGGGGGGACAGACAAGGACGGGGGACCAGCGGAGGGCCGCGCGCGGGGGAGAAACGGCGCCGGGGGAAGCGCGGCGGGCGGAAGUAGCAGCGCCGGGCAUGGUUGGGGAAGCGGGCGCGGGUGCACAUGCCUUGCUGUGUCGCCUGCUACCGCCCCUUCCGCAGUGUGGGGAGCAGGAAACAGCGGAGCCGGCACUGCUGCAGGGGGAACCGGCGCCCCUGCAGGGGGGAACGGCGGAGGUGGCGCUGCUGCUGGGGGGAGCGGUGCAGAUGCUGCUGCUGCAGGGGGAAACGGCGGAGGUGGCGCUGGGAUGGGAAUCACGAGCGAGGCAGGCAUCAGAAAUGACGUGUUGACAGCAACAGGGGGCGAGAAUGUGAGUGCUGCGGAAGCGAGUGUAGCUGGGGCGGGUGGUGGAAAUAAAGAUGAAAAACCUGGAGCGGCACCUGAACCUUCGCGUGGACGAUCAGGUGAACCCUCACGUGCACCUGAAGCAACACCUGAACGCACUGUUGCACUCACGACGCCUGCACAUGCAGCCUCAGGUGCUGUCGCAGGUGCCCCCUCAGGUGCACCCUCAGGUGCCGCCCUGCCCAGCAGCGCAUGUGGAGCAGCCCGUGCAGCCCCAACGACUCUCCACAUGUCCAGGGCGCCAAGCACACAGAGAGGCAGGGUCGGGCGAUCUCUGUCCGGGCACGGGCAAUUGCCGUCAGGCAAAGGGAGAGUUGGGUCCCCCUCAAGGGGGGAGGGGGGUCAACUGGGACGGAUGGGGAGAGGAGGAGGAGGAGGAGGGGGAGGAGGAGGAGGAGGAGGGGGAGCAGGUGGGGGCGGAGUCGAAGGGAGUGUGGGCGUGGGAGCAGGGAGGAGGAAGGCUGAAGUGGGUGACUGUGCAGCAGUGGUGGAUGGGCAGGGUGAGGCAUCGGCACCACCACCACCAGCAGCGGCUGCGACGGCGGCUGGUGCUAGUGCUGGUGCUGGUGCUGGUGGUGGGGAUGAUGUUACUGCAACUCGCGCAGCCACGCCUGCUGCUGCUGCCUCUCCUUCUGCUCCUCCUGCUACUGCUCCCCCUGCGGCUUCUUCUCCUGCUGCGUUGUCCCCUCCAUCGUUGGGAAUGGACCUCCCACCAGACGGUUAUUCCUGGCGGAAGUACGGGCAGAAGCCGCCCAAAGGAUCCUCUUUCCCCUGGGGCUAUUUCCGCUGCGCUGUUCCGGGCUGCCCGGCGAAAAAAACCGCCGAGAUGGCUCCGGGCGGCGGGAGCAUGGAGAUUCUGUACAAGGACGAGCACAACCAUCCGAAAGGGGCGGCAACCGGGCGGCGUGCUACGGCUGGGCAUGCGGGCGAUGUGAGAGUGAUUAUAACGGAGGAUAUGGGGGGGUUUGCUCAGCUCGAUGCUGCUAUAAAGGGGGGAGGGAAAGGGAAAGCAGGGCUUCAGACUGCCAAUUCACCUGAUCAUCGCCGGCUGGGGGCUAUUUCACGCCAAGCUGCCUCUCCUUCCUCCCUCUCUCAUCCUCCUCCUUCCUCCCUCUCUCAUCCUCCUCCUUCCUCCCUCACUCACACCACUCUCCACCCUCUCACUCGCCCCGCUCCCUCCCCACUUUCCCCUCUCUUCAACCAAGCCUCCACGCCUUAUCCCCCUCCUCUCACACUCCCUCCUCCCCAGUCUCUCUCCUCCUUCUCGCUCCCGCCUUCAGAGCAUUGCAGCAUCACUGCCAGCGGCAGUGGGGAGGGAGUCAGCUCUGGCUAUACCACUAGCAAUGCUGUCACCCACACUCUCAGCAGCACAGUCAACACAGUCAACACAGUCAGUAAUGCUACUAGGAGCAUCGUUGCAGUACCCUCUUCGAAUGCUGCUGCUGCUGCUGCUGCUAUACCAGCCACUGCCACUGCUCCUCCUCAUUUCCCUUGUCAUGCUCCUCCUCCCCCUGCUCAUGCUCCUGCUGCUUCUCGCUGCCCUCCUCCCAAUGCACUUGCACCCAAGCAAACAGGGCAGGGAGCACCGAGCCAAGCACCGAGCCAAACACCAAGCCAGUUCCCCAGCCACGCUCACAGCCUUGCUCCAAACCAUGAAGCAUCAACAGCAGCACCAGCGGCAGCAGCAGCAACAGCAACAGCGGUAGCUUCGUCUCCAGCCACUCAGCCUGUCCCAUCCCCCUCCUCUCACCCUCUCCUCCCCUCCACAACUCCCCCUCCUCCCCCUUCCACCUCCCUCCCUCCUCCCCCGCCCCUUUCACUGGAAACAGCAUCUGCCAUUCUCACAGUGCUGCAGCGCGUGCAACCCUCAGAGCUCCCGGCCCUCCUUGCCUCUCUCUCGCAGCCUGUGCUCUGCGCUGUCGCUGCCGCCACGUCAGCUGCUGCUACAGCUGCUCCUGCUGCCACGUCAGCUGCUGCUCCUCCCUGUCGUCACCCCCUCCCCACCCUCCUUCAAUUUCCGCCACUCCUGGUGGGGUUUCGUUGUCGCCGCAAUUGCCCCCUGCUGCACGCACCAACACGCAGUCAGCUGCUACUGUAG